AACUCUUCUUCCACCUCUCAAUUCUCUCUUGUACUUGCAUUUCAAAAUUCUAAUUUGAGAUGAAAUCAAUUUUUGUUUUCUUCUUUUUCCACUUUUUGACUCUGUCUUUUGCCAAUCCCGGCAUGAAAAGACAACACUACCCUUGCAAAAACCUAGUUUUAUAUUUCCAUGACGUUAUUUACAAUGGUCAAAAUGCUGCCAACGCAACUGCUGCUAUUGUAGGUGCACCCCAAUGGGGAAACCUUACAAUUUUAGCCGACAAAUUUCACUUUGGGAACGUAGUGGUUUUUGACGAUCCAAUCACUUUAGACAACAAUUUUCAUUCGGUACCAGUGGGCCGAGCUCAAGGGAUGUAUAUAUAUGACACCAAGAACACCUUUACUGCAUGGCUAGGGUUUACCUUUGUGUUGGAUAAUGCACAACACAAAGGAACCAUAAGCUUUAUUGGGGCUGAUCCGAUUCUGGUGAAAAGUAGGGAUAUAUCAGUGGUUGGUGGGACUGGAGAUUUCUUCAUGCAUCGAGGGAUUGCAACUAUUAUGACUGAUUCUUUUGAGGGGGAUGUGUACUUUAGACUUCGUGUGGACAUCAAGUUUUACGAAUGUUGGUAAUCAAAAGGAGUAAGUUCAAUGUAAUUGCAGAUUUGCAGUCGAACUAUUCUUAUAAGAAACAUAAGAAUAUUAUCUCAAUUAUGUCAUCUGUUAUUGAAAUCAACUUUUACAGGAUAUGAGGAUUUUAUUGUGUUUUCUUUGUAAUCAUAAUAAAACAAGUGUGCUUUUAUUCAA